GUUGCUUCGACGGUUCCCAUGGUUCGACGAGCGGUGCCUUUCCGCCAUGGUCUCUCCAUGGCGCCCGCCAGAGCUAGGCCCAAGCUGGCAGUCCAUGCUGCUGCGUGGGCUUCCCGUCCAGUGCCAGAGGCGGGACAAGCGCGACCAGUGCAGGUCCACCGACAACAGCCCUCGCCUCCACGUGUGCGCCGACAGCGCCUGCGACGAGUACUCGGUAGGCUCGGGGUACUGCCCCGUAUACGCACCACUGAACGUCUACUGCCAGCAUCGCAACGGCUCCCAGGCGGUUGCCUUCACUCGGGCCAUCAACUGCCAAGCCAGCGCUGGCAAUGCGUCGCACCUCUUCUUCUGCCCAGUGCAAGUACCCAUUGCCGUGGCCAUCAUGCACAAGGCGGGGAGCCACGCGGUGGGCGCCUGGCUGCUAGGGCUGCACCCCCGGGGCCGCCUCUUGGGCCGGCGCUGGUUCGCGGCGCGCGGCCCUAGCGGCUUCGAGCGCUUCCAGCGUUGGCUCUUCGGGCGCCAGGGCUUGGGUGCGCCGGGCGCCAGCCUGGGCGAGAGAGGCCAAAGGAGCCUCUUCCGGCGAAUGCAGAUGGAGAUGGCCCAGCACAGCCUCAUCUCCAAGAUCUUUCUGCCCGCGCCGUGGUGCAUCUUGUGCUGCGCGUUUGCUACCCGGCGUUUGCCCGUGAUCUUUGUUCGGAACCCCUACCGGCGAGUUGAGUCGUACUUUCGACACCGAUUUCUGGGUAACUCGGGCAAAGCUCCUUUGACGACUUGGGAGGCGUUCGCCGGCUUUCUUCGGCUCCUGGCCGAUCAUCGGCGUGACUCCGUCUGGCGGGCGGAGGCUCUACCUCCCUUGGAUGAGCACGACCUGAUGCACACCCUUUCCUUGGAUGAGCUGCUGGAGGACGUCCGCUGGCCUCAAGCUGCGCGGGAGGCUUUGGCCCGCAUCUUUCCCGUGCGCCUCGAAGCGCCGGAGGAUUUCCUGGAGCUUCAGUCUGCCCUCUGCGCUGAUCACGGCUAUUGCCAGCCCCUGCCCGCGCUGCCCGACAUCUUCCCCCUGAGCCCUUUGAUCGCCUCGCUGGAACCGACCACCGCGUGGACCCAGGAAGCGCGUGACCUCAUGGCGGUGCUGUUCAGCUCAGACUUUGCACGCCUGGGCUACUGCCUCGACCCUGGCGCUACCACGCCCUGCCGCCCGCGCAGAAAUCAGAAAAGUUGA